CCCAUUUCCCCCUCUCCUCUCGCGAAUCCCUCUUCUCAAUCACGUCAUUAGAUACCUCUGACCCCAUCCUGUUUGGUUGAUUGUAGUGUACAUCAUAUGCUGCCCAUAUGUAUCCCACUACCGGACAGGAACCCCAAGCUUGAUACCCUCCUCUCCGCAUUGACCUACCUCCAUGUGCCAACGCUUUCCAAGCUCCCGCGAACUCUCAGCUCCUCCAUCAGAACCCCAUUUGUCCGGAAGCUCAACACAAGAUCGCCCCCGGUCCCCCUUCAAGUCCACCAUUGUACCAUGUUCUCCGCCUCUUCCUCUAACCCCUCCACCCAAAAGCCGGCUUCGGUCGACACCUCCCUCCAAGGCUCGCCCACCGGCGCCGCCGCGCUCUUCGCUUCCUCGCACUCUUCUCCACACCCCCUCAAGCUCUACGGCGGGUGGUUCUGUCCCUUUGUCCAGCGAGUCUGGAUCACCCUCGCCGAGAAAAACAUUCCGCACCAAUACAUCGAGAUCAACCCGUACCACAAAGCGCCCGAGUUCCUCGCUCUGAACCCACGGGGUCUUGUGCCCACCCUCGCAGUCCCCACCUCCACCGACCCCAAGACCGGAAAGGUGAAGGAGGUCAAGCCCUUGUACGAGAGCUUGGUGCUUUGCGAGUACUUGGAUGAGGCGUAUGCGGAUGAGAACGUGUACGGGGACCGACUCCUCCCGCAAGACGACGCCUACGAAAGGGCGAGGUGCAGACUGUGGAUCGACCAUAUCUCUUCGAGGGUGGUGCCGGCUUUUUACCGGUUUAUUCAGCACACCCCCGACAAACCCUACACCAUCGACGAGAUCCGAACCGAGUUCCAUGGACACCUGAAAGCGUUCGCUAAAGAAAUGCUUCAUGCCUCUUCCCCUUCUUCCUCCCCAGGCCCCUUCUUCCUAGGCGACAAGUUUAGUCUAGUAGACAUAAUGCUAGCGCCUUGGGCGAAGCGGUUAUUCCUGAUUGAUCACUACAAACCAGGCGGAGUCGGGAUCCCUCCCAGUGGUCAGAGGGGAAGUGAGGUGGAUGAGGAGAUUUGGAAGAGGUGGGAGGAGUGGUAUAAGGCUGUGACGGAGAGGGAGAGUGUUAAGAAGACGUGGAGCGAGGAUGAACAGUAUGUGGGCGCGUAUAAGAGGUAUGCGGAGGACACGACACAGAGUGAAGUGGGGAGGGCGACGAGGAGUGGGAGGGGUUUACCUUGAGUACAACAGUUUGAACUCGAGAACUAUCUGCAAGUCUUACUACUUGGUACAUAUUCUCGCGACAGAGAAGUCAAAAGAGCGGCUCAGUUCUCAUACUUUACCAAUGUGCAUAGCAAGUGUCGAUGAAAAUUUUAUCAUAUUCCAUGGGACGAGGCCUCGUUCGCAGGCCUCAGCAUCUUCAAUCACUGCCGCAAAUCUAAACUUCAGCGGACUAGUGUCGCUUAAACGCC